CGGCGUUUGUUUGCUCUAGUGAAGGAGGAUUUCCACGAGAGCAAACGCUCCCUCCGUACGAUAUGUAGAGCUGCCGUCUCUCUCCUUCAGCUUUUUCUUCCUUUGUGUUAAAUCAAUUUGACUCCACUACUACACAGAUUUCUUCUUUUCUUUCUGACCACACUCGUACGAUGCCGCCGAAAGCGCAACCACCCCCUCGCGGUGUUUGGGCCAACGCAAACACCAACAGUUUGCAGUUUUGCACUGACGGUGGCCCCAAUGACACUAUUAACAACGUGGCUAACCAAAUCUUCGACGCUGCCCACCAGGCUCUGACUCGUACGACGCUAGGCGCUGUACUGCCAACUUU